UUACGUACGAAAGUUGUUUACAUCGUCGGCGACGAACAAUUUUUUGCAGCACGUAAAGUUAUUAUGCGAUUGAGUGUGUUUUUAUUGCUUGCUAAUUUGAGGUACUAUUGUAGAAACAUGAGUGAUACAUUUGUUUAUCAGAAAAAUUCUGCGUCUGCUUGCUUUAUAACGGUUCCAAAUAUUGAACUAGCAAAGAAGCUUGCACAUGGGAUUGUGAGUAAUAAUUUAGCAGCAUGUGUCAACAUAAUUCCUGGAUUGACAUCGGUUUAUAGUUGGGAGAAUAAGAUACAGGAAGACAAUGAACUUUUAUUGAUGGUCAAGACUAAAACUAAUAAAGUUGAUGAGCUAUCCAAAUUUAUUAGAGAAAAUCAUGAAUAUUCUGUCGCCGAAGUAAUCUCAACACCUAUUGAAAAUGGAAAUGCACCGUACUUAAAAUGGAUUCAUGAUACUGUUCCUGAACCAAAAGAAAACGAAUAA